GUGGCUUCCACUUUGAUUCCGGGACUUUGAAAUGCAAACCUGCCUUUCAAUGCAAAUGCUCCGAGAGGUUGGCCCAAUAAUAAAAAAAAAGGCUUUUCCUCAGGGAGGUGCCUUUGCGAAGUUGGGAAGGGAGGAAAAAAAAAAAAAACCUGAGCAAGUAGUUCAGGUGAACUGUUAAUCAGGAAGAGGCUGGGAGUUCUCGGCAAAGGCAAGCCAGGGAAGACGCUGCUGCGGCGCCGGGCACAUUAUGCACGCUGAGCUACUUGGGGAUGAUGUAUGUGGGUUAUCUGUUGGAUAAGGACACCAACAUGUACCCCAACCCGGUCAGGCACCCGGGCCUGAACCUCACCUCCCCAAAUUAUGUGCCCGUGCCCUCUCAGUACUCGGAUUUUGCCAGCUACCACCACAUGCCCGGGAUUAACAGCGAUCCUCACCAGGGGCAGCCCGCGGGUACCUGGGGCUCUCCGUACCCGCCUAAAGAGGACUGGCACUACGGCGCAGGAGCCCCUUCUUCUGUCGCCAGUCCGGGGCAGCUAGGAUACAGCCCCCCGGAUUUCAAUCCAAUUCCGCCACCCGGCUCUGGACUACUGCCUCCGCCCAUGAGCGCCCCAGUCCCCCAGCUCUCCCCAAACGCGCAAAGGCGCACGCCUUAUGAGUGGAUGAGGCGCCACGUUCCCACUAGCAGCAACAGUGGCAAAACCAGAACAAAAGACAAAUACCGUGUUGUAUAUACAGACCACCAGCGACUGGAACUGGAGAAGGAAUUCCACUAUAGUCGCUACAUCACCAUCCGGCGGAAAGCAGAGCUGGCAGCAGCCCUUGGACUCACUGAGCGGCAGGUGAAAAUCUGGUUCCAAAAUCGUAGAGCAAAGGAGAGGAAAGUGAAUAAGAAGAAGAUGCAGCAGCAAACGCAGCCUGCCAGUACAACCACACCUACCCCACCAGCGGUUGGCACUCCUGGCCCUAUAGGCGGCAUCUGCAGCAGCACCACCAAUCUAGUUUCCACCUCACCAAUGACUAUCAAGGAAGAAUUUAUGCCUUAAACCCAGUCUUUCCAUUACAUCUCCAGACUAACAUACCCAGAAUCAUACGGAUUAUCUGAGAUUCAAACUAGUUAUCAGACUCUCAACACUGGAACCCAACGGCUUUUUGAAUGUGCUACUCUACUGGACAAAUAUAAUCAACUCAAUCCUAGAAGUUAAAACCAAAUAGGCCUGUUGCUAUUAGAAAAAAGACUUGCUAUUGUCUCAGAGUAUUUAAAUGGGGGGAAACAUGGACAUUUGGGAAAAAAGAAGUAAGGAAGCAGUCUACGUAGAAAAAAAAAUCUGAAUCUUCAACUGAUCUGGAUCAGAAUUAUUGAAUCAGGUGACUCACAAGUUUAAUUAUUAAAUUACGUUUUGUCAACCUCUGUUCAUUACUCAGGCCUUGUCAAAAAGGCAGGAGCCAAGUAUUUCAAGCCCAGUCCCAGCCAAAUUAUAGGCCAGGUGAGAUGACAGAAGCUGAGCCCCAGUUUUAGCCCAGUUUAUAUACACCAUUAGGAAUUAAAGUCAUAUUAAAGGCUAAGUAGGCAAGAGAAACAGGUAGGAAAGAACAUGACAAUCAAGAUGGUGAAAAACUAGCCAACGUCCUCAAGAGCGGUAAGGAAGUCCGUUAUUAGCUUCCACAAAACAGGGCCUCUUAGAAUGCCAAAGUCCAACGUUGUUUUCUUGCAAAUUUUAUUCAUGCAUAUAUUCCACAUCAAAGGAAUCUAACUUGGUGUGAGACACUUAGCUUGAAUAUCUAUGUUUUUCCUAGUUCCUCGCAUCAUAUUCCUGCACAGUGUUUCAGUGUUGAGGAUGAGAGCUUGGAUUGCCAUUCUACUUAGCAAGAGAUUUAUCUGAAGGGGCCUUGAUGCUCUCUGAGCUUGCUUGUUUACAUGCAGACUCUUCAUUACCUGAACUAGGUAACAUCUUCAGUACUAUUCUGAUUUAUCUGUUAUUGCCUCUGGAUUUAUAUUCCUAUGAAGGUGAGGAUUCUGGCACCUGCAACCCCAUAUCAUCAGGGGCAGUCCUAAUUAAAGGCUGCUCUAAAGCUUCUCUGGCUGUAAAACAGGAACUCUGAGUAUGGACCACAGUGCUUCAUCUUCAUGGUCAACAAUUUUAAUGGUAUGUGGGAAAGACAUUGGGUGAUGAGUGGAAAGACGCUGUCUAGAUAAUGGUCAGAUAAGAAACAGCAUAGCCUUAGUGGGUGGAGCAAGAAGCUCAGAAGGGACACACCAUAGUUUUUCAGGCUGUAAAGGAGACUGGGAGAAUUUUACUUUCAGACUUGCAAGAUUCUGUUAUAUAGCUUUACAAUAAAGUAGAGUUAGUUUAUCUGGUUGUGUUUUCUGUCUGGUCUACCUGGUAAAGAUGACUGCGGUGCACUUCAUAUAUGUAAAUCCAAUCAUUGUGGGGUUUGUAAAUAUACCUUAUAGCAUAAUAUUUUGUGCCAACUAGGCCCACUAUGUUUUAUUUAAGAAACAUAGUUAAAACAAUGCCUUCCCACAAUGUGGGAACUCAGUCAUGAUUUCCCUAUAUGAAGAAAGGAGCAGAAUGAAUCAAUACAACCAGGACUCCACUUUUCACUGACUUGCUCUGCUAUCACUACUCUAAUUAAACUUGUAGGAAAACUGCACCAGUUCUUUAAAAUGGAUGUGGGCAUCUUCUUUGUUUGAUUUAUAGUUGACAGAAGAGGGCAUAACCUCAAAAUGGAAUUCUAAAAAUAAAAUAAAAUAAAUCAACUUAUUCCACCCCCCUUACAUCUUUGCUUGAUGUCCACUUAUAGCAACCAUUAUGUGCAAAGAGAUGCAGAAAAUAUACAUUAGCUGGAUUCACCCAUUGUCUUAAUCCAAUGUUUGCUGAACAAGGACCAAUGGCAGACCAUAAUGACUGAGUUUACACAAACAACAGUAGUGGCAAACUACAGUGGCAGAGUUUACCUGUUAGCGAAACAAAAAUUAUUAAAUUAUUAAACAAGCAAACCACAUUAUGACUUAACCUGGUAUGGAUCACUAGUAGUGAUCAAGAAAGUCAUUAUCACAAUCACACAACUGCAAGAUGCUAUAACUGUCAUAAAUGCAAACCAGUUGCUAAAGUGCUUGAAUUGUGAUCACGUGACCAUGGGAUGGCGUGAUGGUCAUAAAUUCAAGGACAGGUCCUACAAUAAAUCACUUUUCCCAAAUGCAUUGUAACUUCAGAUACUUGUCAUAUGAAGGUUAUAAGUCAAAAAUUACCUGUAGCUGAUUGGAUUACUUUCUUUUACCUUCUUGAUAUACAUUUGGCUUUGAACUAAUUGCUUUCUUCUUGUAGACUGCCUUGCUCUUCUUCCUCAGCUUCACAAUCUGCAGUAUUUGGUAACAAAAACAAGUUUAUGUUUCUUCAUUCUGCCUGCUCAGGUUUGUUUUGUUUUCAUGUGCUUUUAAGGUAAUUUUAUAAGCCUAAAUAAUUUUAAAAAAUCUUUCAGAUUUUUGUUAUUAUCCUUCAGUCUUUUUUAUGAAGUACAUUAAAAUACUAGUUUGAAGUCUGGAAGUGAGGAAGGAGUAAAUAAUAACAAUACAAUGCCAUCAAACAAGCUGACCAGAGUUGUCAGAGUGACAUAUAAAUUGAAUAAAUAAAUAAUAAAUAAAUAAAUAGAAUAAGCAACAAGGCCUGCCUAUCCUAGGUCCUUGAUCGAGAAGGACUCAAGAGGUGGAAAAAGAUGCCAAAUCCUGUCUAAACAACUAAUUAUAUUCCAUUUUUAGAAGUAGAGUACAUAAUACUUCUGCCUAUUUUCCCACAACAACCUUGUGAGGUGGGUUAGGCUGAGACAAUAUGGCCAUAUGCCUUUUUUAAUUUAGAGCAGAGGUGUCUAACUGCCAGCCCGUGGGCCAGAUGCCAAAAACAAAACCAUGCCCAUCCCAUUGCCGGCAAUGGAGAAAAAGUGAUAUGUCACGACAUGUCAUGUGAUGUUGCAAAUUUGACACCCCUGAUUUAGCGCAUAAUAAAUACUCUUAGUAAGGCAAAGGAUAUUUUUAAUGUUACAAAUUACUAGACUUGAAUUACUAAAUGGCUUUGAAACGUUUCAUUUUCUCUGUUUCUAUAGGCAGAGGAUUUUUGUAGCAUACUCAUUUCAGUAAUAAACAGGGCCUUUCUUGGCUUAGUAUGCUAAAAGCUAACAAUAAAUGCAUUUAUUCUUCAUAGGAAAUAUAAUAUCAAUUCAUUCUGUUUCAUUUAAUUCACUUUGAAUUCGUUUAAUUAAGCUACUAUUAUUAAAAUUUCUUUCAAAACCUUUGUUUCUUCCAUAUUAAAGGACGGGUGCAAGGAAGAUCUAUUUCCAAUUGUUUCCUAAUCUUAAGAUUAUAUGCAUAUAAAAAAGUUAGAUUGGAUUGUUUUGUUGAAUUUUGCUCUGUAAAUAAUCAAUAAGGUCUAAAUAUACAGAAAAUAAAAAGAACUAUAA